GAUCUAAUCUACUCGUUAGUGCACUUAUUUUGCAGUUUCAAUCACCCCAUCCAGCGUUUCUCUACUAAAAUCGAGAUGGCCCUGUUUUAAUUUCUUUCUUUUUUUCAUUAUUUAAGUCUUUGCAAGCUUCCUGAUUAGUUCUAAGAUGGAGAGUGAGGAGGAUCCGGUGAAGAAGGCACAAACGGUGGAAGCUCGGGCUAGAAACAUUAGCCAUAAUGUCCGUUGUACUGAGUGUGGAAGCCAAUCCAUUGAAGACUCACAAGCAGAUGUCGCCAUUCUUCUCAGAAAGCUGAUUCGUGAUGAAAUCAAGUCCGGUAAGACAGAUAAGGAGAUAUAUAAAAAGCUCGAGGAGGAUUUUGGAGAGACGGUACUCUAUGCCCCGCGUUUCGAUCUGCAGACUGCAGGUUUAUGGUUAUCACCGUUGAUAGUUGCCGGAGCGGGCGUAGGCGUUUGGGCUUAUCAGAGGCACCGGCAGAGGACUAACGUGCACAUCAUGGCAUUGAACCUUGUGAGAGGCGUCCCAUUGACUCCAAAGGAGAAGCAGAUGAUGCUUGAACUCCUUACUCCCCCUCCGCCCAGGAAGUGAGUAUAAUCAUGACUCAUUGUGCCACUUACUCAUUGGUUCUUCAGCUGUCCUGCCUGCUAUUACCCCAGUUGAGUUUGCUAGAGCUCCCCCUACACACUCCCUCCAAGGUGAUCCCGGGCCCACUGACAUGUCUCCUUAUCCAUGGUUCGGCAUGUUUCAAGAGAUCGAGAAGUUUAGGUUGCGUUUGGAUGCACUUUUGAAUUGAAUACUGAUAAUUGGUUUAAUUAAGUGGUAAUUACAAGCCUGUUAGUCUGCUUGGUAUUCAAA